UUUGAUGCCGAUGAUGUCUGCUUCACACAAUCGGCAGCACAAAAUAUAAAGUGCUAUAAAAUAUUCGAACGAAAUUGGUAAUACUGAAGAACAAUAGCUGUGAAUUCACAAAAACUACAAAAAUUUACAUAUUUAAUAAUGUCGAACAGUUGUAAAUUUAAGCGAAGGUAGCAAAAUAAGAAUAACAAUAAUAACAAGAUCGGUAAGUUAAAACUGAAGAGUAAAAAUUAUUAAGUACUGCCUAUGUUGGUUCUAUGAAAUUUGUUAUAUAAAUAAAUUUGUUUGCUUUAAACUUGGAAUAAUUAAAGAGUCUACUCUUGUAAAAUAGGCAGAUUGUGUCAGUGAACAAUAUUCAUUUAUUUCCAUUCAUUGAAAUUAGGCAGCGCCUUCCUCCUGUCUGAGAAUCAGAGCUUCUUGGGAGCUUGCUGCUUUGAUGUGCAGUUGGUCACGAGAAUUAGUCAGUGAAAACUAGCCAUUUUAAGUUUGCUUCAUUUGACGUCUUGUGAUACUGUUGAGCCAUGAUAUCUUGACUUUUUUUUGCUGUUGGCCUCUCAUGAACAGAGAAUUCUAAAAGAUUGUCUACCUGUUUCCAGCGUGGGACAAUAAAGCAAAACCGAUCAGAAGUCGCUUAGAACGAGGAUUCGGACAACUAAAUGGAAAUGUUCGAAGGAGAUGGCACUCUCUGCCGAUGAAGUCUUAGAGGAGGUUGGCAGUUUUGGAUGGUUCCAAAUACGACUCCUUAUUCUAUUUAACUUGCUAUCCGCUCUUCUAUUCGGCUGGGCUGUGAUGGUGACGGGUAUCAUAACCGCAGAACCUCCUUGGAAAUGUGUCCAGAAUAGCUCUGUCUGCUCCUAUGAAGGCAGCUUUUACCCUGGGCAUGAGCACUACGAUCAUAGAUGUAACAUCUCGCGGAGUGAGUGGGAAUUUGAGGAUGACAUCACCACCGUGGUUACCGAGUUUAAUCUUGUGUGCAACAAAUCAAUCUAUGGCACCCUAGCGUUAGCCUCUGUUUUCCUUGGUUUCUUUAUUGGUGCCAUAAUUAUUGGUCCUUUCACGGACAAGUUUGGACGAAAGCCAACUAUUUUCAUCUCAGGAUUUGUCAUUGCUGUCUUCAGCCUGGUGUCCGCCUUCCCCAAAAUAUUCUCGCUGUUUGUUGUUUUCAAGAUCAUCGUCGGAUUAGGAGUUGGGGGAGCAAGCGUAGCGAUCUUUGUUCUUGUGACAGAAUUCGUUGGUGUACGCCACCGCAGUAUGAUGGGAAUGUCUCUGUGGUAUUGCUGGAGUAUAUCUCUUAUGUGUCUUGCUGGAAUAGGUUACCUCAUCAGAGACUGGAGGAUGCUCACCAUCGCCACUGCAAUUCCUGGACUUCCUCCGCUGCUGGGUUGGUUUUUGACACCCGAGUCAGUGCGAUGGUUGAUGUUGAAAGGAAGAGCCGAAGAUGCUAAGGCAAUUUUCCGAAGAAUGGCCAAAGUCAACAAAACGUCCGUGCCUAUUGGAGAGCUACAAGAAGCGGACGAUGAUAAUAGACUGGGGGAUGUGUGUGACCUGUUUUCAUCGCGCCAAAUGGUGAAAAAAACUUUACUGUCAUGGUAUUGCUGGUUUGUUAAUGCCUUGGUGUAUUAUGGAGUUUUUCUUAGUGCACCUAAUAUUGGAGGAAAUUUCUACUUAAACUUUUUCCUGACAAGCCUGAUUGAACUGCCAGCUAUCCCUGUAGGCGUAUGGGUCUUUAACAGAUUUGGUCGAAAGAAAAGCAUCAUUGCGAGUUUGAUCUUGGCUUCACUUGGAGCAUUUGCGUCCAUACUUAUUGAAAGUGAAGGCGAUGGCAGCAAAGGCGCCUUGGCUGGUAAGAUCAUCAUGUCCAUGAUUGUAGCCAAGUUCUUCAUCACUAUAUCUUUUGACGGAGUGUAUCUUUACACAGCAGAGUUAUUCCCGACAGCUAUAAGAAACAUUGGUGUAGGAACAUCGACCGCUGCUGCCCGUAUUGGCUCGAUGUGUUCUCCGUUUAUAGUUUACACCAAUCGUGUUCAUAGCUUACUUCCAUUUGCGAUUAUGGGUGCAAAUGCAUUGCUUGCUGGGGUACUGUGUAUGACGUUACCAGAAACCAAAAAUCAACCGACACUGGAGACAGUGAAGAGAGAAGAUGAAGAAAUGUCUCAAUUAUCUCCUGAAUGUGUUUAGUUUAUGCAAGCCGUCUUAAACUCUUGCAGAAUAUAUUCGCCGGUCUCCCGAAAUUUAAGAGGAGUCUAUAAGCACCAGUGGCUAUAUGCUCACUAAUGGUGUCGUCGAGUUAUCGGGUUUGACCAAACAAAGAAAACUGUUUUUUUUUUUUUACUGCUAUGAAAUUAAAACGAACUUUACCCUUGUUGGACGUGAAACAU